AUGAUAAUUAUUCAGAGACUGCAAUACUUACCAACAACAUCAUCAGUGGUACCUGUAUCAUCAUCACAGAAAGUAUCUCUAGGAGUGACUAAUGCAGAAUCAGAUAUAGUAACAGAAAAUGCAGCAGAAACACCUAAAGAAGCAAUACUAACAGAAGUAGAAUCAACAGCAGCGUCAGAAGAACCAUGUUCAGUAACAGCAGAAGUAACUCCUCCAGCAUUAGAACCAGCUCCUACAGCAGUAACACCAUCUCCCUCACCAGCAAUAGCAGCACAAACUACUUCACCAGCAAUAGCAGAAGAAACACCAUCAGCAACAGCAGAAGCAACUCCUCCAGCAGUAGAACCAGUUCCUAUAGCAGCAGCACCAUCUCCCACACCAGUAGUAGCAGAACCAACUCCUUUACCAGUAAUAGCAGAAACAAUUCCUCCACCAGCAGCAACUAAACCAACUUCACCAACAGCAGAAACAGUACCAGCUCCUCCUCCAUCACCUUCAAGAGUAGCAGAAAAGAAUAGACCAGUCACAGACGGCUGUCACAAGGUGUUCCUGUUGGACGAUUUCUACAAGAUGUGCAAAAUGCACCAAUCACUGCAAGUGUGGAGAGAAUCCGUCUCCUUGAGAAAGAAGGAUUUGCGUAAUGUAAAAAGGGAUUUUGAUAUAGGUUAUGAAAUGAAGAAGCAUGAAAAUGAUAGAAUGAGUGUGAAAUUGUGGGUUGAAGAAAUGAUGAGACAAAGUGACAACCCACGGAACUGGUCUCAGAAUUUAAGGAGAAUUGCUGGAGGUAGUGAGAAAAAAUCAGCAGUGUUUAGAUCACUAAAGCAACUUCAGACUGAACUGGGUAUAGAUGUUUUUAGUUGUUGUCUGGAGAAAGUGGUGGAAGACUUAUUGAAUGAUCCAGAUACUGCAGAAUUUGGCAGGUACUUUCUUAAGAUGUACUGCUAG